UCUUCCCGCACCGCCCUCUCCUGGUACCCAGCGGGCUAGUAGCUGCGGCCGCCGGAGCAAUGGGGACGGCGUCGUCGCUUGUAAGCCCCGCGGGCGGGGAGGUGAUUGAGGACACCUACGGCGCGGGCGGCGGCGAGGCGUGCGAGAUCCCGGUGGAGGUGAAACCCAAGGCGCGCCUGCUGCGCAACUCGUUCCGUCGAGGCGCGGGGGCCGCGGCGGCGGGGGCCGGGCCCGGGUCGCUGCCCCGCGGGGCGGGCGGCGGCGGGCUGCUGGGGGCCAGUUUCAAAUCCACCGGCUCGUCGGUGCCGGAGCUGGAGUACGCGGCGGCCGAGUACGAGCGGCUCAAGAAGGAGUACGAGAUCUUCCGGGUCAGCAAGAACCAAGAGUUGCUAUCCAUGGGCCGUCGCGAGGCCAAGCUGGACACGGAGAACAAGCGGCUGCGGGCCGAACUGCAGGCACUUCAAAAAACUUAUCAGAAGAUACUUCGGGAAAAAGAAAGUGCUUUAGAAGCAAAAUACCAGGCGAUGGAGAGAGCAGCAACAUUUGAACAUGACAGAGAUAAAGUUAAAAGGCAAUUCAAGAUUUUUAGGGAGACCAAAGAAAAUGAAAUUCAGGACUUACUGCGGGCCAAGCGAGAGUUGGAGAGCAAACUUCAGAGACUACAGGCUCAGGGUAUCCAAGUAUUUGAUCCUGGGGAGUCUGAUUCAGAUGACAACUGUACAGAUGUUACUGCUGCUGGAACCCAAUGUGAAUAUUGGACUGGUGGGGCCUUGGGAAGUGAGCCUUCCAUAGGGAGCAUGAUACAGCUUCAGCAGUCCUUCAGGGGCCCUGAGUUUGCCCAUAGUUCUAUAGAUGUGGAAGGACCCUUUGCAAAUGUCAACAGAGAUGACUGGGAUAUUGCUGUAGCUAGUUUAUUACAAGUCACUCCUUUGUUUUCACAUUCUCUGUGGAGUAACACUGUGAGAUGUUACCUCAUUUAUACAGAUGAAACUGAGCCCGAAGUGGAUCUUUUCCUUAAGGACUGUGCACCUAAACUUAAAAGAAUGUGUGAGACAAUGGGCUAUUUUUUCCAUGCUGUUUAUUUUCCGAUAGAUGUUGAAAAUCAACACCUCACUGUAAGAAAAUGGGAAAUUGAGAAGAGUUCUUUAGUUAUUUUAUUCAUUCACUUAACUUUACCAAGCCUUUUGUUGGAAGACUGUGAAGAAGCUUUUCUGAAGAACGCUGAAGGAAAACCACGAUUAAUCUAUCAUCGUUUGGAGGAUGGAAAAGUCAUUUCUGACUCUGUCCAGCAUUUGAUUGAUCAAGUUUCUAACCUAAACAAGGCCAACAAAGCCAAGAUCAUUGAUCACUCAGGAGAUCCUGCAGAAGGAGUAUAUAAAACUUACAUUUGUGUGGAAAAGAUUAUUAAACAGGACAUAUUGGGCUUUGAGAACACAGACCUAGAGACUAAGGAUUUGGGCAGGGAAGAUUCCAUUCCAGAAGAAGAUGAUUUUGGUGAUGUUCUGUGGGACAUACAUGAUGAACAAGAGCAAAUGGAAACUUUUCAGCAGGCAUCUAAUUCAGCCCAUGAGUUGGGAUUCGAGAAAUAUUACCAACGCCUUAAUGAUCUAGUGGCGGCACCAGCCCCGAUUCCACCCCUUCUGGUGUCUGGAGGACCAGGUUCUGGAAAGUCCCUUCUUUUAUCAAAGUGGAUUCAGUUACAACAGAAGAAUUCCCCUAACACACUGAUUCUUUCUCAUUUUGUGGGGAGGCCCAUGUCAACCAGCUCAGAGUCUUCCUUGAUUAUUAAACGACUAACUCUAAAGUUGAUGCAGCACUCUUGGUUAGUAUCUGCUCUGACACUGGAUCCUGCUAAGCUUCUGGAAGAAUUUCCACGUUGGCUAGAAAAACUCUCUGCUCGUCAUCAAGGCAGCAUCAUCAUCAUUAUUGAUUCUAUAGAUCAAGUUCAGCAAGUUGAAAAACACAUGAAAUGGCUGAUAGAUCCACUGCCAGUGAAUGUAAGAGUAAUUGUUUCUGUGAAUGUAGAAACAUGCCCUCCAGCAUGGAGGUUGUGGCCUACACUUCAUCUUGAUCCUUUAAAUCCAAAAGAUGCAAAAUCUAUUAUAAUUGCAGAAUGCCAGUCUGUAGACAUUAAGUUGAAUAAAGAGCAGGAGAAGAAGCUAGAACGACACUGUCGUUCUGCUACAACCUGCAACGCCCUUUAUGUCACCCUUUUCAGCAAAAUGAUUGCACGUGCUGGGAGAGCAGGCAAUUUAGAUAAAAUCCUUCAUCAGUGUUUCCAGUGUCAAGAUACUAUUUCAUUAUAUAGACUCGUUCUUCACUCUAUCCAGGAGUCCAUGGCAAAUGAUGUGGAUAAAGAACUAAUGAAACAGAUUCUCUGCCUCAUCAAUGUUAGUCACAAUGGCGUGAGUGAAUCAGAACUGAUGGAACUCUAUCCUGAGAUGUCCUGGGCUGUCUUGACCUCUCUUAUUCACAGUUUACACAAAAUGUGUUUGUUGACCUACGGUUGUGGCUUGCUCAGGUUUCAACAUCUGCAGGCUUGGGAAGCAGUGAGAUUGGAGUACAUGGAAUGUCCCACCAUAAUUUCUUCAUACAAGCAAAAGCUAAUCAACUAUUUCACCUUGCAGCUAAGUCAAGACAGAGUGACUUGGAGAAGCGCAGAUGAGCUCCCUUGGCUUUUUCAGCAGCAGGGAAGUAAACAGAAGUUGCAUGAUUGCCUUCUUAAUCUCUUCGUGUCUCAAAACCUUUAUAAAAGAGGACACUUUGCUGAGUUGCUGAGUUAUUGGCAGUUUGUGGGCAAAGACAAAAGCGCAAUGGCAACAGAAUACUUUGAUUCAUUGAAGCAGUAUGAGAAAAACUGCGAAGGCGAAGAGAACAUGAUUUGCUUAGCUGAUCUUUACGAAACCCUGGGGCGAUUUCUCAAGGAUCUAGGCCUUCUCAGUCAGGCUGUGGUGCCUCUGCAGAGGUCUCUAGAAAUUCGAGAAACAGCUUUAGAUCCAGAUCACCCAAGAGUAGCCCAGUCCCUCCACCAACUAGCCAGUGUGUAUGUGCAGUGGAAAAAGUUUGGCAAUGCAGAACAACUGUAUAAACAGGCAUUGGAAAUCUCAGAAAAUGCUUAUGGUGCAGACCAUCCACAUACUGCUCGUGAACUUGAGGCACUUGCAACUUUGUACCAGAAACAAAAUAAAUAUGAACAAGCUGAACAUUUUAGGAAAAAAUCUUUAAAAAUUCGUCAGAAAGCUACAAGGAGAAAAGGCAACUUGUAUGGAUUUGCCCUUUUACGUAGACGGGCCCUACAGUUAGAAGAGCUUACAUUAGGUAAGGACACACCUGAUAAUGCUCGGACCCUCAAUGAACUGGGUGUUCUCUACUAUCUUCAAAAUAACCUGGAAACAGCUGACCAGUUUCUGAAGCGUUCCUUAGAAAUGAGGGAACGAGUUCUAGGACCAGAUCACCCUGACUGUGCCCAGUCUUUGAAUAAUCUGGCAGCUCUCUGCAAUGAAAAGAAACAGUAUGAUAAAGCAGAAGAACUUUAUGAAAGAGCUUUAGACAUUCGAAGACGUGCAUUAGCUCCUGAUCACCCUUCUUUGGCAUAUACAGUGAAGCAUCUUGCAAUCUUAUAUAAGAAAAUGGGGAAACUUGACAAAGCUGUACCUUUGUAUGAAUUGGCUGUUGAAAUUCGACAGAAAUCCUUUGGCCCAAAGCACCCUAGUGUAGCUACUGCCUUGGUGAACUUAGCUGUUCUUUAUAGCCAAAUGAAAAAACACGUUGAAGCCUUGCCAUUAUAUGAAAGAGCAUUAAAGAUUUAUGAAGACAGCCUGGGUAGGAUGCAUCCUCGAGUUGGAGAAACGUUAAAAAAUUUAGCUGUGCUUAGCUAUGAAGAAGGUGAUUUUGAAAAAGCUGCUGAACUCUACAAAAGGGCAAUGGAAAUAAAAGAAGCAGAAACUUCACUCUUGGGUGGAAAAGCUCCUUCACGACAUUCAUCAAGUGGAGACACAUUUAGCUUAAAAACUCAUUCUCCUAAUGUUUUCCUUCAACAAGGGCAAAGGUAAUAGUGGAUAGAAUUCUUUGCCAUAGUACCUUAAAACAUAGAAUAUGAAACUUUAAAAAUGUUUUUAAGGAAAUUUUUUAUACAACUUUGUGUGAUUUAACAGAUAUUUGUAUGAAAUUGUAUUGGACACAUUUGAUUUGUAAUGGUGUCUAUUUUAGUUGUUUAAAAGACUUUUCUUAUUGUAUGGGAUCUGGAUCCAAGGAUAUAGACACAUUAUUAAUAGAAUUCUAAGAUGGCAUGAGGAUUGGUCUCUGUUCUGCAAGAGCUAGCAGAGCAGUUAAGGAGUUCAAGAAUUCAAUGAUUCUUUUCAGCUCUCAAGAGCUACGUUAGCCUCACUAUUCCUUGUCUUGCUUUUCAGCAGUAGUCUAGCCCAAUUCUCUACCUCAGAGGAAAGCUUCAAGGAUUAAAGGGAUAACGUUUAUGAAAGAUUUGAAUUGUCUUCAGUGAAACAAAUUAGUCAAAACAAUCCCAGAUUGCCAUACUUUUUUAAAUUCUUUUUUACUCUUUCACUUGAGCAAAUUGGGCCAGUUCCUCUGUUUUCCAUACUGUCUACAUUGUAUAUUAUUUAUUACUGUGUAGCAUGUAUCUGCACAAUGUCUGAAGUCUUAAUGUAUUAGUAACAAGCUCUUUAGCAUUCUUUGACCAUUUCCAAAAUAUAGAUGACAUUCUCCUGUAUUCUCCUUCUUAAAUGGCCUAAAUCUGUCUCUUCAUUUACCUCAAAUUAGUCUACCAUGUUUGUACUUUCAGUACAAACUAAAUUUUUUUAUAAAUAUUGCCACAUUUUGGAUAUUGUUUUAUACCAUUUAUAUAUUUAAAAAUCUUCAUCAAUUUUAAUACUUGUAAGAUCCCAACAUGUAUUAAAUGUAAAGGUGAAAGAUGUAAUAACCAUACUACACUGUUUAAAAAUGCAAUUUCAGAUUCUCUUUUUUUCUACUCUGGCUACCAUUUUGUAUAAUUUUUACGGAAAUGAAUCAUUUUUAAAAAGACUUGAAUGUUAAUAUUUGCUGAGUACUUUGCUCAACUUAAACUUUUGGUUAAUGUUCUCUGAGGCCUGGCUACUCACAGGCUGGUCCAUGAACCAGCAUCAUCACCACCUGGGAGCUUGUUAAAAAUUCAUACUCUCAGGCUUCUCCCCAGACUUAGUGAAUCAGAAUCUGCAUUUUAGCUAGAUCCUCAGGUAAUUCAUAUGUGCAGAAGUUUGAGAAGCAAUAUUAUAAGUCUAAGGCACUAUAGUGGUAACUUAAAAGAAAUUAGGUAGGAUUUUAUAAAAUGAGCAUCCUUCGUCUCCCUUUUUGGAGUUCAAGGAAAAAUAGAAAAUAAAAUAUAACUAUAACAUACCUUUCCGGGUUUGCCAGCUGUGAAAGGCACAAAGUAACUGAAUUGACAAAUAUACUAGACAUUGAUUUUAGAAUUAAGCAAUUGGAGUUUAAAAUCUGAUUAUUUAGUGGCAUAAAUAAUUUAAUACAUGGUAAGUAAUGUAUUCAAUUUACUACCAUCAAAAAAUUGCUUUAGAAAAUCUGAGACCAGUCCUCUGGAACCCUGAAAAAAGGAAAAACCAGCUUAAGAAUAACAUGUAUUCUUUGUACCUUUAAAAUUUGGACUUGAAAACUUACAAAAAAGCAGAAACUUCUAAUAUUAUUCAAAGUGACUUUAUGGUAAAAGUUAUAGGUGGAACGAUCAUUCUAUAUAUUUCAAAAGAAUUAACUUUAAAUGUAAUAAAAACCAAAUUUUGAUCUUA